CAGGCCUUAUUAGUAACUAAUAUAGGAGAGGAGAGAGAGAGAGAGAGAGAGAGAGAUUUAUGAUGGAAGUGGUUGAAGAGGUUGUGAUUGUUGGAGCUGGGAUCGGUGGCCUCGCAACAUCCUUGGGACUUCACAGAUUGGGAAUAAGGAGCUUGGUAUUGGAGUCAUCGGCGAGUUUGAGAGCAACAGGGUUUGCAUUUACGACAUGGGCCAACGCUUGGAGGGCUUUGGAUGCUCUCGGCAUCGGCGACUCCCUCCGCCAACACCACCACCAGAUGCUCGGAAUAGUGGCUGCAUCCUCAAGCACAAAACUUGCUAUGGCAGAAACGUCAUUUAAGACCGAAGAGGCAAAUGGAGGCCAUGAAGUUCGAUGCAUGAAAAGGAAGAUGUUACUAGAAACCCUUGAAAAGGAGCUUCCACAUGGCACCAUCAGGUACUCCGCCAAAGUAAUUUCAGUAGAGGAUUCAGGCUACUUCAAGCUGGUCCAUAUUGCUGAUGGGUCUGUCAUCAAAACCAAGGUGCUGAUUGGGUGUGAUGGAGUGAAUUCGGUGGUGGCAAAAUGGUUGGGCUUCAAGAAGCCAGCUUUUGUGGGCCGAUCUGCCAUUAGGGCCCAAGCAAUCUACAAAGGCAAUCAUGGGUUUGAGCCCAAAUUCUAUCAAUUCUCUGGAAAUGGUGUGAGAUCUGGUUUCCUCCCUAGUGAUGAUGACGUUGUGUAUUGGUUUUUAACCUUCACUCCCUCAUCCAAAGAUAAAGAGGUAGAGGAGAACCCUGCUAAGAUGAAGGAAUUUGUAUUGAGCAAGCUUGGCAAAGUACCUGACCAAGUAAAGACCACUGUAGAGAUGACUGAACUGAAUAAUAUUAUGUGCUCUUCAUUAAGACUUAGACAUCCAUGGGAGCUACUAUGGGGAAAUAUAAGCAAGGGCAAUGUCUGUGUCCUCGGCGAUGCAUUCCAUCCAAUGACACCGGACCUUGGCCAAGGCGGGUGCGCAGCAUUAGAAGAUGGUGUUACUUUGGCAAGGUGUCUAGCCAAAGCCUUAUUGGAAAAACCUAAUGUUGAACCAAAUGAGAAUACUGAAAAGGAAGAGUAUAAGAGGAUUGAGAUGGGAUUGAAGAAGUUUGCCAAAGAGAGGAGGUGGAGAGGCUUUGACCUCAUUACUACAGGUUAUAUGGUUGGUUUGAUACAACAGAGUGAUGGGGUUGUGAUGAGCUUCUUGAGAGAUAAAAUGUUGGCUCCAUUCUUGGCUAGUUUGUUGUUGAAGAAGGCCAAAUUUGAUUGUGGCAAACUGAGUGUUUAGGGCAAUAUUGUUCAAGCCAACUGCUAGGCCGAAGCCAACCACCUCAGUGGGCUUCAGCUAGAUAGUUGGCUUUGAACAUCAUUUUUAGAGUUUGAUGCAAGUACUUGUCCUCUUUUGAGUUUUCUGAUAUUAAUAUUUUCAGUAUUAAUGUGUUUUAGUCUCGUAAGAAUUGUUUUUGUGACUAAAACAGUAUUUUAUGUGAUGUGACGUCUAAAUUUAAAUUUUAUCGUUGCAUUAUGAAUUUCUUUGUUUCUCCA